ACUUUUCAAAUUUAGACCAACCUUGUUGAUUCGUUGAAUCGUUUCUCGAGGAGUAUUAUAAUUUGUUUUUGUUUGCCCUAUCUUUCUCUCUCUCUAUCUGCUCUUCCGCGACGUGAUCUCUCAACUCUCCAUCUUCGUCUUCGAAGUGUAGUAUUACUAUUAGGUAGAAGAAUCCAUGGCGAUUUACGUCGCGUCGCGACGACUCUCCGGCGGAACAACUGCGGCGGCGCUGCGUUAUGCCACCGCGCUGAGAUCUUACUCGACGUCUUUUAGGGAGGAGAGGGACACCUUCGGGCCGAUCCAAGUUCCUUCCGAUAAAUUGUGGGGAGCCCAGACGCAGAGAUCGCUGCAGAACUUCGAAAUCGGUGGUGAGCGCGAGCGAAUGCCCGAACCAAUCGUCCGCGCUUUUGGCGUCUUGAAGAAAUGUGCUGCCAAGGUUAACAUGGAAUAUGGUCUUGAUCCAACGAUUGGGAAAGCGAUUAUGCAAGCUGCACAGGAAGUAGCAGAGGGAAAACUCAAUGAUCAUUUUCCCCUUGUUGUAUGGCAAACUGGUAGUGGGACUCAGAGUAAUAUGAAUGCCAAUGAGGUCAUUGCUAACAGAGCAGCUGAAAUUCUUGGUCGCAAACGUGGUGAAAAAUGUGUGCACCCAAAUGACCAUGUCAACAGAUCACAAUCUUCUAACGACACUUUUCCAACUGUCAUGCACAUUGCAGCUGCAACCGAGAUUAAUUCAAGGCUGAUCCCUAGUUUGAAAACUUUGCAUAGCACUCUGGAGUCUAAGUCCUUCGAGUUCAAAGAUAUUGUGAAAAUUGGAAGAACUCACACUCAAGAUGCUACACCUUUGACACUAGGACAAGAAUUUGGUGGCUAUGCUACUCAAGUUAAGUAUGGACUUACUAGGGUCACAUGCACUCUACCCCGCCUCUAUCAGCUUGCACAAGGCGGAACUGCUGUUGGGACCGGAUUAAACACCAAGAAAGGGUUUGACGUAAAGAUAGCUGCUGCAGUAGCCGAAGAAACAAACUUGCCGUUUGUCACUGCAGAAAACAAGUUUGAAGCUCUGGCUGCACAUGAUGCUUGUGUUGAAACCAGUGGGUCACUUAACACAAUUGCCACAUCGUUGAUGAAGAUCGCCAAUGAUAUACGUUUUCUUGGAAGUGGCCCAAGAUGUGGUCUUGGUGAACUUGUUCUGCCUGAAAAUGAGCCAGGAAGCAGCAUCAUGCCUGGAAAGGUAAAUCCUACACAGUGUGAGGCCUUGACUAUGGUUUGUGCUCAGGUUAUGGGCAAUCAUGUAGCUGUGACAGUUGGUGGGUCAAAUGGUCAUUUCGAAUUGAAUGUAUUCAAGCCGGUGAUUGCAAGCGCUCUAUUGCAUUCUAUCAGAUUGAUAGCAGAUGCUUCAGCUUCGUUUGAGAAAAACUGUGUGAGGGGCAUUGAGGCCAACAGAGAAAGGAUCUCAAAGCUAUUGCACGAGUCUCUAAUGCUUGUGACAUCAUUGAACCCGAAAAUCGGAUAUGACAAUGCUGCAGCAGUCGCUAAGAAAGCUCAUAAAGAAGGAUCUACAUUGAAGGACGCGGCUCUGAAGUUAGGUGUUCUUACUGCGGAAGAGUUUGAUACUCUUGUUGUUCCCGAGAAGAUGAUCGGUCCCUCCGAUUGAUGCUUUUUUUUUUUGGACCCAAAGCUUCACUUACUAUUCUUAUUCUUCUUUAGGUUAAAAUAAAGAUGAGAAAAAUCCUGAAACUAUAAUUCAAAUUUUCUUGGGAGGGCAACAUUGUUCUUCAAUUCUUGAGAGUUCUCUCUAUGUAUAAUUUAUUUUGUUGAAUAAGAGCAACAAAGACAGUUCUCAUUGCU